GCUCAACUAAACUCUGCCAGUCAUGAUCCCGAAUUCCGUUUGAGACGCUCACGACCUUUGUGCUGGAGGAGAUGAGCACGAUCUUUACUUUGCUUGGCGGCAUCUUGAUUUCGUUAUGAUAAGAAAGGACUGUUGAUCUUGAUGCUCCAACCAAGUGUUUCGUAAAGAGUAUGAUCUGCGGCUGUAGUCUUUUUGUGUGCCAGCAGUCGCGUUAACCCGAUCUAUGUGACUAGACACAAGAAACAGCAAUUGCAGCACGAGUUUCUGACACAGGCGCAGCUUUUCUCGAAAAGACCUGUGGUUCAAGAAGCAUUCGAAAUUGCAGCUGUCGAGCAAUGGAGAAUGUCGAAAGAUCACGGCGCCGCACGAAAAGAAGUUCAGAGGGGGCAAUUAUACCGAGAAUUUAUCAAAAGGCGAGACCUUUAAAAAAAUGUUGAACUUUAAUUAUCAGUGUGAAAUAAAAGCUAAAGCAAGAAGACCCACGAAACUUUGAACGCAAGAAGUGGGUAUUGGAAAGCUUGAACAUAUUCUUUACUCAAGCCGGAUGCGUAGCUAGGAGGUAGCGCUUCUUCUUUAAUCUUCUGGAGGGCCGUUCUGUGUUUCGAUGUGACGCUCGAGAUGGCGCAUUGAUCGUGUCCCCAUUCCGUCUUUAGAGUCUUCAGAAGAAACAGAAUACCAUAGAAAAUCAUGCCGCCGCGACGAAAUGAUGGUUUGGCGCAACCUGUUGCUGGCGCUGGGGGCGCCGCCCAACGCGAAGACCCUCCGCCAGUGGGCGAAGUAGUGGCCGAACCGGCAGGCGGUCUAGCGGACGGGGAGCAACCAGAACCACAAGCCCCUGCAGCCGCUGCGCCUGUCGUUGAGCCCCCGUUUCCACUCCUACAGCCUGGACGGACUGCCAACGGGCUGCAGACAAAGUUGGCGGAGAUUGAAUACGAUCGGCUGCCCCGAUUGGUGCGCCGCAAAUUCGCAAAUUUGGGAGUCAAUGUAUUCACUUCCGUGUAAUUAAGUACAAUUUUCAGACUGUUGUCCUCCUGAAUGUGUGGGGAAUGUAAAUAGGUGCUGUUUAUAUCUUAAACGGAGACGAGAUCUGCAUCAGAUCUACAUGGAACGUCGUUUUCAGGUUUGGAAUUUGUGCUGUGCCAAAAACACCGGAUAUGCGAAACAUGGAGGGCUCGAUGAUCCGAUUAAGCGGAACAUUCUUGAGUUCAUUGGCGACGCGGCCUCUUCCGGAAGUAUCAACCCGCUGCUGAACGCGAAGCGCAUGAAGCAAAUAGCAAAGCGGAAAAAGGAAAAGAUGGCGGCACAAAUUGCAGACAUUAUCCUGCCGAUGUGCAACGAGGCUGCGGAAGAAGGAAAUCCGCGCGUUUCGAUAGAGUAUAGUGAGGCGAUUCUUGACGACCUAGACGAGGACUGCCAUCCAUUCGACAGUCCAGAAUCGAACUGGUGGGAGUGGCUGUUUGCCUUCCUGCCGUCUCUGAAGGAGUCUCUCGAAGAAGCGGGGUUUACACUGCAGAUUCAGCCAGUGAAGCCAGACGAGGACACGGAAGCAAAGAAACAGUGGAAGGAGCAUAGCGUGCUGUGGUUGGUGUGGAGCUGAGGUUUGUGAAGCUGCGACUGCUACAACCUAGACCUAAAACCAGCAUUAGUUAACCCCUUGAAAAGAUGCCGCAAUUUGGUCGCUCAUUCCGAUAGCUGAUGUACUACUGCAGUCUCUCGUUGCAUUUUCUGACGUGUUUUCCGCGAUGAGUUUGACGACAAAUGUAUACGGCUAUUACUGGAGUGGCGAUUUUCGUAUUGCAGCGUAUUAAAGGCCCAGCAAGGGAGCGACAAGCAUAACUUCCGCCUCGCGGUGUUCAGACAGGAUCCGAUACAAGGACUUUAUCGUUACAGGUUUCAUUACAGUAUCCUAGCAAGUCUAGAAAGC